UACUCGCGAGUGCGCAUGCUUGUUAGACUGUAGUCUCCUUUCUCUACCAUAACUCGCAUAGCAUCGUUGACGGCCAUGUUGCGAUAAUCUUUUAAGCAAAAGGGGGGGCUAAAGAAAAAAAGACACACAAGUCGUCGAAUUUUACCUCUUUAACAAAGGCAUAAACUCAAAAAAAAUCCCCAUGACCUCUGGCAAUUAAGGCGCCCUCCAGUACACGAAUGGCUGCGAGCGGAAAAGAUGAUGAAUUUGACCAGUUUGACAAACCUGGAGCAGAGAGGUCAAGAAGAAGGAGAACUGGAGAUGAAGACUUUGAUAGUGAUCUUGAAUAUGAAUUACUUGAUGAUGACUGGCUGUCAAGUAAAAAGAAUCAGUCUGAUUUGUCAGAUGAAGAGCUGAAUGAUGACCUGUUGCAAAGUGACGAAGAAGAUCAAAACAUCAGUUCUGAAGGUGUUGUAAUCAGCUUAAAUGCCACAACUGGCCUGGUUAGCUCAUUUGAUUAUGGUAAAAGUGACCACGAACAAGUCUUAGAAGACUCUUCUUAUGAGCAGGAAGGCAAUGACAACCUUACAGCUGAAAACUAUGAAGGUGGUGAAGAUUUGGAGGGAGAGGAGGCUUAUUCUCAGGACGUAUAUGCUGAGCAUUAUGAAAUUGAUGAUGCAGAUCUGGAGGAAAACCAACUAGGAUACCUGGCAGAACAAGCUGAGGGGGAAAUUUACAACGAUGAAGUGCUAGACAUUGAAAUCAAUGAUCCACUAGAUGAUGAAUUUCAAGAAGACGACUAUUCACAGGCCUACAGUGAGCAGAGCUCUGUUUUACUUGACCAUUGUGAUGCUAUGCAGGAAGAAGUUGAAGAGAAUCUACAACAUACUGAAAGUCGCUUUGAAGCUGAAGAAGGUGAAAAAGAAGCAGAGCAAGACUACCAAGGCAAAGAUGAGUCUGAUGAGGAAGAUGACGACGAUGGGGAAUCAGAACGACUCAGGUUUAAAACUGAAAGAAAAGACGCAACUGUUAUUCGACUUUCUGAUGCUGCAACCAAGAGAAGAAAUAUUCCAGAAACACUGGAACUUUCUGAAGAAGCAAAAGCAGCACUGCAGGAAUUUGAAGAAAAAGAAAAGCAGCGCAAACAAGGACGGCUUGGAGGAAGAAUUAGGGGACGGGGAAGAGGAAGAGGAAAUUUCUUCUGUUAUGGGCCGAGCAUGUUAAGGAAAGAUGUUGGAGAUAGAGGAAGAUUAAAUGAGCAUAGACCUCCUCUGAUGCCCCUACCUUUACCAAUGCAGCACCAUCAUCCUAGAAUGCCCCACCAAUAUCACCUUCAAAAUUUCCAGGAGAGAGAAUUACAGAGACCACCAGUUCAACCUUUAAUUCCUUCUCAUCCACCCCAUCGAUCCUCCCCUACCCAGGCAACUCACACUCGCCCCCAAGGAGAUGGAUCCCGCAUUAUGAGCCCUCCACAGUCUGCACAUUCCCCAAAACAGCCAAAGAAUAUUCAUAUAAAUCCACACUUCAGAGGGCCAGUUUCCUCUUCCAUGCAAGUGCCCUUGAUGCCUGUACAAAGUCAGCCCAGGCCUGCUGUGGUUCCCCAGAGAUUUCCGGGGGCACCAGAAUUUCAGCCACAUGUACCUGUAAACUUCAAUCAGCCACCAAGGCACCAUCAUCCAGAACCUUGGAGACCACCACCACCACCACUACCACCACCUCCACCAUCAGCACCUACUCAGGAAAGAGAUCCAUUUUUUAUUGGAGAUCAAAGAUUUCCAGGACAGCAUAUUUAUGAUCAGAAUCCUCCUUCCCUCAUGAGUAACAACCAUAAUACACCUGGUCCAGCUCCUAUGGCUUUCAACCAACCAGGUCCAGGAUUUCACCAGCAGGGACAACCAUCUAUAUUCCAAAGAGAAGGACCGAUUAGAUCUAAUCUUCACCCUUCUGGCCCCAUGGGCUUACCUCAUUAUAGUCAGCCUGGAAUGGCUACACCUCGUCCUUUCAUUCCUCACCGACAGCAGUUUCCCCAAGGCCCUGGUCAGACAUUUCCACCUCCCCACUUACAGCUUGGUAUGCAAGUACGACACAGAGGACCUAUGCAGCCUCCAAAUCCUCCGCCUCCUUCUCCACACUCUCAACCCCAGCACCAUGAACACCAGAAUUCUCCACAUCACCCUCAGCACUCGCAUUCACAACAGCAGCCCCUUCAUCUUCAGCAUCAAUUGCAUCAUCACCACUCAAAUCAGCCUGGUCCACUUCGUGCCCGUCUUCUGAACAUGCAGCCUCCAUUUAGACCACAGCUGCAAAACAUCCAGCCACAAAAACCUCCAAGAAUGCAGCGUCCAAUACAGCGCACUGGGACCAUUAGACCAAGAUUGAGUGCACCUCCUCAAAAUGUGAAUAAGCUUCAAAACCAGCAAGUCCAAGCAAUGCCUCAGCGCAACAGCAAUUUACGUGAGCUCCCUGAAGCACCAGCUAAUGUAAACCUUAACAGUAGCCGUCCAAUCCCUACACCUGCAGUGCUGGAGAAACCUGUUACCAGAUUCAUGCAGAAUGCCAGGGCUGAGUCUUCUAAGGCACUGCUGGUUACCAAUUCUGUGCCUGGUUCUGUUGCCCAGUCUGAACCUGUAGUGGCAGCUCGCAGUGUUGAGCACAAGGUUGAAAAGGAAAUGCCAUCAAGUCAACCUGAUCCUCCUCCAAAAGCAGAAGAAGCAAAUCCUGAAGAAGAUGAAGAAACUCGCCUAUAUCGAUUAAAAAUAGAAGAACAAAAGAGACUACGUGAAGAGGUUUUGAGAAGAAAAGAGUUUAGACGUCAGAUGCAGGCAGGUAAAAGGAAGAAGGAGUUGAUGGAACGGAUGUCAACACAGCAACAACUGUUGCCAGCACUUGCUCCUGUAUUGCCAUCGCCAGAUAAACAAGUGUAUCAAACAAAUCUGUUGCAAGCACCUACCAAUGGCAUUCACCAACCACCUCAGGUUAUAGCCAUUGCUGCUCCAUCCAAGCCCAAUAUUAAGAACCGGUUACAGAUGAAAAACCAGUCACCCAUUAUUCCCAACAUGCAACAAAAUACAAGGCCCAUACAAAGCAACCCAAAUCUACAGAUCCAGCGGCAGCAAAGGAGAAACGUACAUCAGUCUACUCCAGCACAGAAUUCCCAAACCCAGAAUAAAGCCUUGAGUCUGAUGUCAGGGAUAGAAAAAUCACAGAGUACUCAUAGUGUUGCUGGGCAAAGCAGACCCCAGGAGUCAAGGCUCAGCAUGAAAAGAACAGUAAUGCAACGGAGUAAUAGCAUGGGUGGUGUUGAUGACCAGCAUGGCACUCAGAAAGUCAGGGUUUUCAAGGCCUUCGGAGGGGGGCCAGAGACAGUUUUAGAAGCUAAUCCAGUGAUGCAGUCACCAAGGUUCCAACAAUUUCAACAGCAAAGGCAACAGUCUGGGCGAAAGGUAACUUUGGGAAAGACAGCAUUCCAGCAGCAGUUGAUGCCUUCCAGACCACAGAAUUUUAUCCAGGGAGUCAGAAACAAUUCUGGAAAUCAGUCCCAAAUCAGAGCUAUUACACAAGGCCGAGGCAGAGCAGUAUCAGGCCAGAUGGGCAGAGGCCGCUUGAUGCCAAACAAACAGAGCCCGCAAGUGGCAGAGCCUCAGCCAUGCAUCGUGUCAAUUGAAGGGCUUUCUUCAUCAACAACUGAUGUCCAACUAAAAAACCUGCUGAUGUCGGUAGGACCUAUUCAGAUGUUUCAGCUUUUCCCAGAACAACGGAAAGCCAUAGCAAAAUUCAAGAAUCCCCAACAUGCUUUAACGUUCCAACAACGAUUUCACAGACACAUGAUUGAUUUGUCUCAUAUUAAUGUGUCACUAAACGCUGGUUAAGAGAUCUCGUUGAAGCUUCACAGAUUCCAAAAGCAGAAGCAGAAUAACGGCUGGAACUACAUGCAGAAAGCAUGCUUUGAAAAUCAAAUAACUUCCUGCAUAUAUAAUGUAGAUUUACAAAUUGAUGAGAUACCAGGAUUCUUGAUGCCCUUAUACAGGAACUGCCAUUUUUCACCCUAAGGAAAAUUCUGAACUGUUUAGCACAUUCUCCUUUGUGGUGAUGUUUUAAAUCCCUCUUUCCUCACUUUUAAUUUUAUCAAGCUUUUGGUUGUAUAUAAUAAAAUUACCGCAUAUUGACAUGACUGUAAAGGAUAGUGACUUGUGUUUCAAGUGACAUAAUUAACAAAGGAUUAAAUCAAGUCUUUAUGAUCAAAUUAACAAAGGUAAAAAAAUGAAUAAGACUUGGUAAUGGUUGCUCUUAUCUUCCAGAUAAUUUUAAUCUUUAUUUUAAAAAAGAAUGGCUAAUUUUAGUUAUGUGCUUUCUUUAUUAUUAGGUAGCUGCAGGUGAUCACUGUGUAUCACAAAGUAAUUAAAAAAAAAAAAUCUUAAUUUAUUAUUUCACUUUGCGGUAUAUUGUUGUGCAUAUGUGAAAACGUUUCAUUUUUUUCCUUCAGUUAAAAAAAAAUAUUUGGUAUUCUUUUUUAACAGUUCACUAAGUCAUUAAUGGUGCAUUGAGAAAAAAAUUCUUAAUUCCAGAAUUAGUAAGAAUCUAUUACAUUUACUGUAAUAGUGUAUGGUUAGUUGUACAUUCUGAUAUCUGUAUAGCUAAUAAGACAACUGUUCCAUCACCCCCUUCUAGCCAGCUUAUAGAAAAUACUGACAUUUAACCAUGCACAAUCUUUAUAUUUUGCUCUUUAAUUGAAAAAAGAAAAACACAUCAUAAAAGUAGUCUGUUGUUUGAGAGUAUAUAAUAUGCACAGAAUUCCAUUGUUAGCCUCAUUGUGCCAUUAGAGAUACAGUAGGUUUGUAUAAUGGCAGAGUUGUUAGAGUUGUAUUGCAUAUUUGGGUAUAACCUUAGGAGGCUGAGAUUCUUAUUGUCACCUUUAAUGUGCAGUUGAUUCAUUUUUGCUUCAAAGGCUUUUUUACAUUUUCUAGCUAGUAUAACAUAGACAAAAAAGUUAUGGUUUACCAUAUUUCAGCAUUUUAUACUUUUUGCAUUUUUAAACCCCUUAUAUUCUUUUGUCUGUGCGUGUGGUGUUUUACUAAAGGUCAACGUAAUAUACAUUAGAUAUGACCACUAUCCCAAGUAAACAGGUACAUUUAAGUUUUUUUGUUUCUAAAUACACAGUUUUACUUUUAUAUGCUGAUAUAGAUUAUGUAACCUGUGUUGCUCCUCAAAAAUACAAGGUAACCUGUAAAAAGUUUUUGUGUUAUUCUAGCACUGCCAGAUAAAACUUAGGCCUGUGAGUGAAAGUAAACAUUUUUUCUUAGACAGUUGUUGCUAAUUUUUGUAGUUAAUUGCCUAUUCAUUUCCACUUAGUUUUGUCUUAUUGUUCUUGUGAUGAAGGAUUCCUUUUUCAUUUAAGAAUACAAUUUGUGCAAUUAAAUAACUUUAUAUUUCCCCAUCAUAUGCAAGCUGUCAGAACUUUUCACUAUUUUUUGUGGAAAUGCAGUAUUUUUUAAAUGCUGUCUCCUUUCAUACUUGAGCAUCAUAAUGGAGUUUUAUUUUUUGUUUCUCUGUUAAAUCAGUAAGUGUCGAAGUAUCUAUUUUUCCAACUCUUCUAGAUUUCAUCAGUUUAUGUUCACUUGGAUGUUUUGUGUCCUCUUUACAUAAUCAGAGACAUUUUUAUAUUUUUUGACAGCAUAAAGUUAAGUUGUUGUUUUAAAUAUUUUAUACAGUUUAGUUUUAAGCUUUUGUUAAUUUACAAAUAUUCAUUUUUACGUUUUUUGUUUUGUUUUUUAAUUAAACGUAGUAGCCUUUUUUAACUAAUACAUCCUUUGUCUUAAUUUUAGAAAUUGUAUUUUUAAUUCAGGAAAUUAGUCCAUUGGUUACUAAAAGUUUUGUUUGUGUUUGCCUAUAUUUUUAUGUACUAGUACAGUUGUUUUCAUAGGGACUCACUGACAUUUACUCAGGUGUAUUUUUUAUACUGUUUUUAGCCUGCUAUUUCAGACAAGUUUCAAGUAUGCAGGACCUUUUGAUGAUCUUCUGGAUAAAACUGCUAAUUGUUCUGGUAGUGCUUAAUGAUAUAUUCUGUAAACUACAGUAUUAAAAUGAAUACACUGCAAAUGUGCAGUGUAGUAUUUAUGUAAAACCAGUAUACAAAAGGGAGAAGCUAAUUCACACAACUGCAGCAUACUGUUUGUAAUGGAUAACUUUUUUACUAUUUUCAUUUUUGCAAAAGUAAAUGAUAAAAUAGUAUAUCUGAUGACAGCAGUUCUGACCACAGUCUGUUUUUUUUUUUGUAAAAUUUGCAUAAUGAUUCAAGCAUCAAUGUCCUCUAAUUUAAAUGUAUCUGAUACAUGCACAAAACUUUCCUUGGGGAAGCAGUGGAAGUGCAAUGUUACAGGUUUUCUACUUUUAGUUCUUCAUUGCAUUUUCUAAAUAUUUCACUUUAACAUGGCCUUUGCUGUCUUACUCUGUUCUCACUCUUCUGCUGUUUAAACUUGCUUUGGGUUGUGGGAUUUGGGAUAGUGUGGUGAGGGUAUAGGUAAAUUAUACUUAUAAGAAGCCUAUUUUUUCCUUUUUAUUUUAAGAAAUCUGACCAUUACAUAAGAAUUGUGUAUAUUUUUUUGUUUGACAAUUUUUCAAAGUCAGUGUUAGUCUUGCUGACUUUGCCGCGUUCAUGUGGCAUCUUCUCCUCUAGAACACAUUGUCCAACAUAUAGAGCCUAACAUUGAAUAGAAACUUCAAAAAAUCUGUUAAAGCCAUCUUUUAAACUUUUUGUAUAGUAAAAUCAAAAAAAGACUUAAAAUGUAUUUACUGUGGAAGAUUUGUGGCAGCCAUUAUCAGCUUAUUCAUGAUAGACAUGAAACAUUUGAGAAAUGCUUCUCAGUUAUGUUGUAUAUAAAACUUGAAAACUCUUUACUUCAUCUGUUCAUUUUUUCAACUUUUUUGAUUUGAGUUACUUUUGGUGUAUAUUUAAAUAUAGUGAAUGCAUUGUCCUUCUGAUAUUCGUGAUGCUGUAUGUACCUUACCUAAAUUUUUAUAAAGAUUGUGUGUCAAGAAGUAUAUUUCACUUGUGAAUUAUUUGUACCCAAGUCUGCUUUUCUUUGACACAGGUAUAAACAUUUUUGAGUAUGUGGAGCCAAAUGCGUGCUUUUUGUUAGGUUGUUUUUUUCCUUUUGAUUUCUUUCUUUUUUUUUUUUUUUUUUUGAACAAUACUUUUUAGCAUUUCUUCCUCUCAUUUCUGUUAACUGUUGGAUAGUCAGACCAGUGCAUUCUUAGAAUUAUUUAAUUCUAGGCUGGUGCAUUUCCCAAGCAGUUUUUGUAGACUUUUGUGGUCUGCAUGAUUAUUUUUUACAGAACAUUAAGCAAAAUUAUUUGGUCAAAUCUCAUUAUUAUAAUUUAUAUUAAAAUGGUGUAUUGGCUGGUAAAUGCAGAAUUUGUCUUUUUUCCUGUAGUUUGCCUUCCUUAACAUUUUAAUAAUUAUAUUUUUUUUCAUUUCACCACCAUGUUUGGAAGUGCCUAAGAUACUUGUAUAUGUUUGUCCUGAUUACUUUUCAGGACUGAAAAUAUACUGUUAAGUCCUUGUUAACUUAAUUAUUUCCUGAUAGGUUUGUCAGCUUUAACCUGGUAUUUUAUUAUUCAUUAAUAUGUAGAUGAUCAAAUAUUAAUGUUUUCUGAAUUGACAUUUACCAUCUUGUGUAGUUAGAUGGAGAUGUUUGGGUUUAAUUACCUAAACCUUUUAUUUUCUUUUUUCUUUACCUUUACUUAGUUGUCCUUCUUUGAAGUUCUUUAUUUCCUCAGACUAAAAAAACAAUUACCCUCCUCACCUGUGUUCUUCUUACUUUACUCUAUACAGCAUAGAGCUCUAAUAAGAAAACAAAGAUCUAUAAAAAAAAAUGACCAUGUUUAUUCUGACUUAUUUAUGUGUCAAUAUGUAGAUGAAGGGAUUGCAUUUUCCUAAUUAUUUUACCAGAAAUGAGAAAUGCACCAGUUGUUUUUGGGAUAUUUAGUAGGAUUAAAAAUUAAGAAAUUAUAAAAUUUACUUUCCAAAGCUGGUCUUGAAACAUUUCUUGACAGGAAAAAAAAUUCUGUGUGGCUUUUUUUUUUUUUUUUUUUUUUU